AUGCUACUUUGGUUGUUCCAAAAUUGGAUCAACGAUCUUGCUGGAAAGACUCCAGUAACUUUUCAAAGAUCUUUGUUGUUAAUUGGUUUACCUGCCAAAAUUAUCAAGCAACUCCCAAGUAUUAAUAAUGGUAGGAAAGCAUUAUCUGCAUAUAACAUGCGUGUUCCAAGGAAAUGUAACGAGAGAUGUUAUAUAAAUCGUAUACUUCCUGUACUCGUGAAAAAGCGUGUUGUUCAACUCAACAAGUUUGAAUACAGGCUUGCAAGCAGUUUGGAUACUGAGUAUCAGAAGUUGAAAUGCAGAGUUAAUUACCAAGCUCUAAGAUUUACUGAUCCAAUACAAGAAAUGGUUGGAAAAUUGGUCAAGCAGAUGAGGAUGAGAAAGAAACAUUACAUUGCAUUGCAUUUGAGAUUUGAACCUGAUAUGCUUGCAUUUUCUGGAUGUGACUAUGGCGGGAGAAGAAAAGAAUUUCACAAUUAA